AUGAAAUCUCACUAUCUUUGUCGACUUCUUUUGUGUUGUGACAAUGACUUAUUACGAGCGCUUGCUAAUUUAACACAUGUUUUACUCGUCAGACAAAAGCGUGGAUUGCUGACAUUUGAAGGCUGUAACAAUAAUAAUACAUUAGAUGAACCUGCUAUUAUGGUAGUCCCUGGUUCCUCCAAGUCUUACAGUGGGAUCAGCCUCUACAAAGAUUUUAUAUCUGCUUUGCCUGUUAAUCUGGCCAAAAGAAUAUUAAGUUUCCUGGAUGAAUCUUGCUUAACUAUCUGCUGUGAAGUGUCGCACCAAUGGCAUCUGCUUGCAAAAGAAACCCUCACUGAGACUGAAUUUAGAAAAAGAGUGAAUAAAAAGAUUGCGAUGUUAAUAAAGCGCAAACCUACAGCCAAUUCUAGUCCAACUUAUGCCAAUAUCAUCAAAGUCCAAGUUCUUGUCAGUGCGGAUGGGUCUGGAGCCAAAGAGGAGCAUAAACUGGUCGAGAUGGAAGAGCGUAAUAUUUACUGUGGUGGAUUCUUUACUAAGGAUAUUAUUGAUAAACACGACUGUCACCGCGUCAUUGACCACAACGGGAACAAACUGAUGGCUGUGAGCUCCAAGAACGGGAUGGUGCAGCUCCUUUAUGUCUCUGCAACGCCCAAAGUCAUCUCUGUGCUCAAAGAAAGCGUGGUUCAAAUCCGAGCUCUGCGUCUGUGUGAGGACAAGGACAUGGUCAUCGCCGGAUGUGUGGACGCAAUCAUCAGGUGUUGGAAUCUGACAAGCCAGUCAUGUGUCAUGGUUCUGUCGGGUCACGCUGCUGCGGUCAACUGUCUGGACGUGUGCGGAGAUACUCUCGUCUCCGGAGCCAGGGACUGCACCCAGUAUAACUUCAGACACAAAGGAACCGUGGAGUGUGUGAAGAUCCAAACCCGAGUCUACAGCGGCUGCAACAAAGGACAGGUCAAAGUGUGGGACCUGGAGACCGCAGCAGAGAUUAAGGUGAUCAGUGGCCAUCUGUGCUCAGUCCGCUGCCUCUUCUUGGACGAAUGGCAUCUUCUGACCGGAGACGUCAAAGGAGUGGUCAAAGCCUGGAGCUCUCACUGUGACGCGAGUGUAGACUGCAUCAGGACGUUCAAACAUCCAAAAGAGGUCACAUCCCUCACGCUCAGCUACCUGCGUGUGGUCACGGCCUGCAUGGAUGGAAAAAUCAGAAUAUUUAACUUUCUAACUGGAGACUGUAUCAAGGUGAUAGUGGCAGUGAACAGUCCCAACGUCCUCCUCUCAGUCCAUUUCCACCACAACAGUUUUGUCGUAAACACGGCUUUAAAUGUGAAGUCUUUCCUUUUCGGGGAGGUUGUUUGGGAUUAUGAGGACAAAAAACAAGUCCAGAACAAAGACGGUUUGAUUUCAAAUAUACCGAAGCUCCCGGCCUCUGCUCCUGUGAAAAACCUGUCUUCCUCCAAUGAGAAAGCGCUCAGAAGGAAGGCUCUGUCGUGUCUGACCAGCGCCACCGAGAUAGGUCUGACAGAAGAACAAAGAGAUUCCAUCAAAGUAGCCCUGAGUGAGAAGGCCACAUCUGCUCGAAUCAAGAGGAGAGGUCCUCAUCACCCCCUGAACACAGACUGCAUCAUGCUGAAGUUGAACGCCGCACAGAAGGCCAGAACCACGGACGAGGCGGCCAUCAACAUGGAGCUUAAUGCCCGGCUCAGAGACGACUGGAGCGCACCACCAGUGACCCCAGCUCCUCUCCCCAAAACUGCUGCUAUGAGUCCAAAAAGUCCACCCAAAAGAGAAGUGUCCACUGCCCCUGGUCGUAUCAUGAGACCCCAGCCCCCUCUGGGAAAACGGCCCUCUCUCAGUACGAAGACACAGCAGCUUCAACGGAACUGCAGCAAGUAA